AUGGCUGGGAAACCCAAACUUUACUACUUCAAUGGAAGAGGACGAAUGGAAUCCAUACGUUGGCUGUUGGCAGCAGCUGGGGUCGAGUUUGAAGAAGAAUUUUUGGAAACAAGAGAACAAUAUGAAAAGCUACUACAGGAUGGAGCCCUGCUGUUUCAACAAGUGCCCAUGGUGGAAAUUGAUGGGAUGAAGAUGGUGCAGACCAGAGCCAUUCUCAGCUAUGUAGCAGGGAAAUACAACCUCUAUGGAAAAGACCUGAAGGAGAGAGCAAUGAUUGAUAUGUAUGUGGAAGGAACAAGAGAUUUGAUGGAUGUGAUCAGGGUUCACCAUAAAUUACCCCCCAAGGAAAAGGAGAAGAAUCUUGCUUUAAUCGAGGAGAAGGCCACAACCAGAUACCUCCCAGUCUAUGAAAAGGUUUUGGACGAUCAUGGACAGGAUUUUCUUGUUGGCAACCAGCUCACCUGGGCAGAUAUCCAACUGAUUGAAGCCAUAUUAAUGGCAGAAGAGAAAGUGUCCACAAUUCUCUCCAGAUUCCCUUUGUUACAGGUUUUUAAAGCAAGAAUAAGCAACAUCCCCACAAUAAAGAAGUUCCUACAGCCUGGCAGCCAGAGGAAGCCUCCCCCUGAUGAAAAACUUGUAGUGACUGCAAACAGAGUUUUCAACAGGAAAUAA